CAUCUUUUUUGUUUUUAUUCAAGAAAUAAGAUGUGAAUUGAAAAUAUAGUUAACGUUAUUUAAUUUUAUACACUACUUUUGGAUGUGUAUUAAUAAUUACAAACAGAACGACAUUCAUGAAUGUAGCAGGAGAGCUGCGAAUGUGAUUGGUUAACACACCCGGAACAAAUGAACCGCACCCACAGGCUGUCUGGGUUCUCCUUCUGACCGCAGUUUAUAAACAGUUUCAGAUAACCAUGGCAUCCCGUGGGAAAACGGAGACUGGUAAAUUGAGGCAGAAUAUGGAGGAGCAGCUUGACAGACUGAUGCAGCAGCUUCAAGACUUGGAAGAAUGCAGAGAAGAGUUGGAUGAAGAUGAAUAUGAAGAGACAAAAAAGGAGACACUGGAACAGCUCAGUGAGUUUAAUGAUUCCCUGAAGAAGAUCAUGACCGGGGACAUGACUCUGGUAGACGAACUGGGUGGUAUGCAGCUGGCAAUCCAAGCUGCCAUCAGCCAAGCAUUCAAAACCCCAGAAGUCAUUCGUUUAUUUGCCAAAAAACAGCCGGGGCAAUUGAGGACCAGGCUGGGAGAAAUGGACAGAGAUGUCAUGGUGGGGAAAUUGCCACGGGAUGUCUACACUCAGCAGAAAAUGGAAAUCCUCACUGCCUUGAGAAAACUUGGCGAGAAGCUUACUGCAGAAGAUGAGUCGUUCUUGGCAGAAAACGCUACAGCAAGUCUGAGCCAGUUUGAAAAAAUCACUGCAAACCUAGGAUCUGAGGAUAAAAUUAUGGCCUUAGCAAGCUCUGGUGUGAAAACCAAGGCAUAAGCAAUUUCUAUGUGACUAUGAUAUGUGCCAAUUUACACUUUAUUGUAAAUAACUGGUGCACUUUGUGGUGUGGCUAUAGGGGCUAACACGUUUUCUAGUAUUCUUUUAUAAAUACCAACUUUUGUAAAUGUAUUGUCUGUUCAGAAUGAAGUAGGCUGUCCUAAGGUACAGACAAGAUCAAAUACAAAGAUGUGUAAAUUAAUGUAGUUUACCUUGUUGACACAAUGUGGAUAUUAUUUUGUAAUUAUGUAUGCAGUAUUUCUAUUGUUUGUAUUUGUCAUAGAAUAAAUAAUGUGUGGUUCUGAA